AUGAACCCUACACUAGAACACAAGUCAUCUCCUGCUGGCAUAAAGGAUGCCCUCAGACCCCUGGUGAAGACAAAGAUCAUUAAAAAGAGGACCAAGAAGUUCAUCCGGCAGCAGACAGACUGUUAUGCCAAAAUUAAGCAUAAUUGGCGCAAGCUGAGAUGCAUCAACAACAGGUUGCGGAGAUUUAAGGGGCAGGUCUUGAUGCCCACCAUUGGUCAUGGGAGCAAUAAGAAGACAAAGCACAUGUUGUCCAGUGGCUUCUCCAAAUUUCUAGUCCCCAGUGUCAAGGAGCUGAAAGUGCUGUUGAUGUGCAAGAAAUCUGAUGGUGCUGAGAUUGUGCACAAUGUCUCCUCCAAGAACCACAAAGCCACUGUGGAAAUGACAGCCCGGCUGGCGGUUAGAGUCACUUCUCCCAGUGCCAGACUGCACAGUGAAGAAAAUGAUUAG